AUGAGACGGUUUCCUUUGACAGCCCAGAGAUGGGGCGACCGGUCGUCAUUUCGCCAAAUAAGUCGACGGCAACUGGUGUUUGCUGCUACAUCGCCGGUUCAGAGCAGAUUCUGCUCAUGCUUAGCGCAGCAGGACACCAAGACACCCGCUACAAAACCGACCUCGACAGCGUCGGCGGAUCAUAGAGCUCUCGGUACAGCGCAAGACUUGUUCACGAACUCCAUUUAUAGCCCCGGAUCCCCUCUAUUCCGCCCCAAUGGCACUCAUAUCCUCAACAAGCUCAUUACCUUCCUUCGCGCACAAUACAAGCAGUACGGAUUUCGUGAAGUUCUCACCCCGAAUAUCUAUAAACAGUCACUGUGGGAAGUUUCCGGACACUGGCAAAACUAUAAGGAUGAUAUGUACGAGGUAGGAGGGCGAGGGGAUACCGGCGAUACCGGCGAGACGAGCGAGAAUGAGAUUUAUGGCUUAAAACCCAUGAAUUGUCCUGGACACUGCCUAUUAUUUAAAUCCCAGAAGCAUUCAUAUCGAGAACUCCCGGUCCGAUAUGCGGAUUUCAGCCCUCUUCACCGUAAUGAAGUUUCGGGCUCGCUUUCGGGUCUGACGCGGGUAAGGAGGUUCCACCAGGAUGACGGACAUAUUUUUUGUCGUCCGGGUCAGAUCGGCAGCGAGAUACAGUUGGCGCUGAAGUUCGCGGACACUGUCCUACAAACUUUUGGACUUGCAGAUGGAUACAGACUUGUCCUCUCUACCCGGCCGGAAAAGGAUUUUAUCGGCAGUUUGGAGCAAUGGGAAAAUGCCGAGCAGCAGCUUCGACAAGCACUAGAUAACAGCGGCCUAAGCUGGGAGCUUAAUGAAGGGGACGGCGCAUUCUAUGGCCCAAAGAUUGAUUUGCAGAUUCAGGACUCCCAGGGCAAAUACCACCAGCUAUCUACCAUACAAUUGGAUAUGAAUCUCCCACAGAGGUUUGAGCUAGACUAUCUAGUUCCCGAGGGCUCAGAGGAAUAUGACCCAGCUACGGGCGGGAGGGCCACCCCUGUAUUGAUUCAUCGAGCCAUUUUUGGCUCCCUUGAGCGGUUCUUUGCGCUUUUGAUUGAACGAUACAAUGGCCAAUGGCCUUUUUGGCUCUCACCCCGCCAGGCCAUCCUCCUUACUAUCGGGAAGGGGCUAGAGCAAACCGCAGAAGAUGCAGUGGCUAAGAUAUCGGGGUUCGAACCCAUCACUUCCAGCCGCCCCUCAAGUACUGGCUUACCUCUAUCACCGCUGCAACCGACGUUCAAUGUCGAUCUUGAUCUUGCCAGUAGAUCACUUCCCAAGAAGAUCCACGACGCUCAUGCUGCGAGGUACAACCUGGUCUUCAUCAUGGGACCCAAAAACGUCGCUGACGGAUCGGUAGACAUUGACUUGUCCGGCCAGGUGGGCGGCAAGAGUGAAGACGAAAUCAAGGCGCUGCUGGACGGCAUACCCUGCUGGGAUAUCUCUCUCUCCGCGAAACCUGGUGAACGGACAACUGCAAAGAUGAAGAUGAAGGUCGACGACGUACACGCCUGGCUUGUCAACCUCGAAAGGAGGUUCCUAUGA